GAAAAAUCUGUAAAUAUGAGACUGUCAGGUGCUCUUUAUAAAAAAAUUCGGCGCUACAUGGUGGGCAAGUUUAUCGACUCGGCCAAAGUGAGAGUGCGAGCGGGUAACGGCGCCGACGGCCUCGCCAAAUUUGGCGGUGUCGGUGGCCGCGGCGGCGACAUCGUCCUCGAGGCAACCGCCGGCGACACCCUCGACGCCUUCUACAGGAGGUGGAAGAAGAAGGGCUUGGCCAGCGCCAGAAACGGCGAGCCCAGCCAGGUCAAACGCAUUUUCGGCCACAACGGCGAACCCAAGGUGCUGUCGGUGCCGGUCGGCGUCGCCGCUUAUUCUCGCAAUGACUUGGGAGGCGGAGUGUUUUUGGCCGAGCUCAACGAAAACGGGGAGCGUGUGGUGGUAGCCCGCGGAGGCGCAGGAGGAGGCCCUGAGAACGACUUCAAGGGUCAACAAGGCGAAAGCUUGCAUCUUCAGCUAGACCUGAAGUUGAUCGCCGACGUCGGGCUCGUUGGCUUUCCCAAUGCGGGCAAAUCGACACUGCUCAAGGCCAUUUCCAACGCCAGACCAAAGGUUGCCGACUAUCCAUUCACCACUGUGCGCCCUGAGGUUGGAAUCAUCGAGUACCCUGACCUAACUAAGGUAUCGAUGGCCGACCUGCCAGGUCUUCUGGAGGGCGCGCACAUAAAUCGAGGCAUGGGCCACAGUUUCCUGCGCCACAUCGAACGCACCAAACUCCUACUGAUGGUUACAGACGUGUCGGGCUUCCGGCUGAGCCCGCAGCACCCGAUGCGCAGCUGCAUAGAAACGAUAGUCCUGCUGAUCCGCGAGUUGGAGUUGUACGACCCGACCCUGCUCAGCAAACCGGUCAUGCUGGUGAUCAAUAAACUGGACCAGCCAGGCUCCGCCGAAAUUUUUGAAGAGGUCAAGGCGCAGGUUGCCAAAUUGGAGGAGGUGUUCGAGGAAGUGCCUGAAGAAGUGCGACCGACCAACGUGCUCCAAUUCCAACAUGUGCUCGGGAUGAGUGCCAAGGACGGUCCUGCUGCUGUCAAAGAACUGAAGGAACUUAUUAAAGACGUGUUGCGCGAGGAGAUCAUGCUGCCUGACGAGGACGAUUACGAACGAGGCACCGUUUAGUUUCAAUAAUGAUUUUUGUAGCAAUAAAUCAUCUAGAGUUCAGUCCGAAA